GUUUCUCUCAUAAAUGGUUCAUCUUGAACUCUGCACUCAUUCAAUUCUUUCGCAGAUAUACAAUACUCACCUAAUUUUUACUUGUGUAUCACCCUCAUCACCCAUACAUCAUGCCCACACAAUACCCCCGGCCCCCUCAGCGAGAGUCGUGGUUUGCGCCACUCUCUAUUGACCUCUUCCUUAAGGUCCUCAACACAACACUUCUUCACCCCUUCGUCUGCUGGAUCAUACCGCUAUGCUUCCGUGCGCAGACAGUGAAAUGGGAAGCGCCGCCUAUGGUAGCCUCUAUUGCGUGGGCUACCAUUGUGACACUAUUCUGGAUGGCCAACGUGGUCAACCAGCGCAUUGCUCACGGAAUCCCGCGUGAGGUUGACCUCAGCGAGGAGGUCAUUGUCAUUACUGGAGGUGCCAGUGGGAUGGGUCUGCUCGUUGCUGAGGUUUAUGGCAUGCGCGGCGCGACAGUGGCUGUGCUGGAUGUGAACGAGAUGGAGAAUACUGAGGCGAGAGGCGUCACGUAUUACAAGUGUGAUGUUGGCGACAAGGAUCAGGUUGCAAAGGUUGCGCUUGAGAUUGAGAAGGAUCUCGGCACACCAACUGUGCUCAUCAACAACGCGGCUAUUGUUAUUGGGAAGACUCUCUUGGAUCUGUCGCUAGAUGAGAUUGACAAGAGUCUUACGACUAACCUUCUUGGACCAUUCUACUGCCUCAAGACUUUCUUACCUGCCAUCAUUCGCGGUGGAAGGGGCGGUACCAUCGUCAACGUCUCCUCUGUCAUUGGUACGGUUGGUGCCGCACAGCUGACCGACUACGCUGCUGCAAAGGCCGGUCUCACAGCCAUGCACCGCUCUCUGACAGCCGAACUACGUGAGAGCCAUCCCGAGAUCCGAACAGUGUUGGUUACACCUGGUCAAGUGAGCACGCCGCUCUUCUAUGGGGUCCAGACACCCAACUCCUUCAUCGCGCCGGUUGUUGAGCCCGUGGAUGUUGCCAAGGAGAUUGUAGCUGCCAUUGAUAGUGGGAAGGGUGCUACAGUUGCUAUGCCACUAUACGCCCGUUGGGUUGACUGGCUUAACGUGUUGCCUGUAGGAGUGCAAACUAUUGCGCGAUGGGCAGCGGGUGUGGACCGUGGGAUGAAGACGUUUGUGGGGAGAGAGGGACAAAAGCUUGAGUGAACUUGACGCUGGCGUCAGUUUUGAUGAAUACGAAG